UUAUCAUAAUAAUAAUUGUUAUGAAUUAUUAGUAAUCUACAUAAUUGUGAUGGUUUCAUUUUGAGGGGACUCGGACUCUCCGUCUCUCGGACUGUGGACGAUGAUAAAGAUGAUGAUGAUGAUGGAGAAGCGGCUCUGCGCUUCAUCAGCUCCUCUUCCUCCCCUGGAUUUUUAAGUUGAUGACAGAGUGAGGAAGAUGCUGCGGGUGGAUGAGUGAGGAAGAUGAAGAAGAGGAGGCUGAAAGGCGUCAGUAGGGAAACACCUGUGGUCUGAGCGUCGGGGGAUGGAGGGUGUGCACGGAGCGGGGGACGGACGCGUGAUGCCGGGUUUCAGAGCCGUGUCCUCCCGGCUCCAGGGCGCACGGCUGUGAGCGCAGAGCCGGAGGGAUGGAGGACGCAGGUCCGCUCGGCGAGCUGCUCAACCUCUCCACCAACCACACCCAGGAGAACCUCACGGCCGGGGCGGAGGACAGGGACUCGAACCUGGCGUUCCAGGCGGGUGUGGCGGUCACCUUAGCGCUCAUCACUUUCGCCACGACGCUUUCCAACGCGUUCGUCAUCGCCACCAUCUACCAGUCCCGCAAGCUGCACACCCCGGCCAACUUUCUGAUCGCCUCCCUGGCGCUCACGGACCUGCUGGUGUCCAUCCUGGUGAUGCCCAUCAGCGCGCUGUACACGGUGAGCCAGACCUGGACCCUGGGCCAGGUGAUGUGCGACAUCUGGCUCUCCUCGGACAUUACGUGCUGCACCGCCUCCAUCCUCCACCUGUGCGUAAUUGCGCUGGACCGCUACUGGGCCAUCACGGACGCGGUGGAGUACUCCAAGAAGCGCACGCCGGGGCGCGCGGCCGGGAUGAUCGCCACCGCCUGGGUCAUCGCCAUCUCCAUCUCCCUGCCGCCCUUCUUCUGGCGCCAGGUGAAGGCGGAGGAGGUGACGAGCUGCAACGUGAACACGGACCACAUCUUCUACACCAUCUACUCCACCUUCGGCGCCUUCUACAUCCCCACGCUGCUGCUCAUCGCGCUGUACGGGAGGAUCUACGUGGAAGCCCGCAAGCGCAUCCUGAAGCAGUCCCACAAGAAGCCGGGGAAGAGGCUCACCUCCGCGCAUCUCAUCACCAACUCGCCCGGGUCGGUGGCAUCCACCACGUCCCUCAACUACGGCACCAACGACGCCUCCUCCUGCGACACUACCUCCUCAUGCGCCAACGUGAGCCAAGUCAAAGUCACUGUGUCCGACGUGCUGCUGGAGAAGAAGCGCAUCUCCGCCGCCAGGGAGAGGAAGGCCACCAAGACUCUGGGCAUCAUCCUCGGAGCCUACAUCAUCUGCUGGCUGCCCUUCUUCAUCUACACGCUCCUAGUGCCUGUGUGCGACUCCUGCUUCCACCCGGAGCUGUUCGACAUCUUCACCUGGCUGGGUUACCUCAACUCCCUCAUCAACCCCAUCAUCUACACCAUGUCCAACGAGGACUUCAAGCAGGCCUUCCACAAACUGAUCCGGUUCAGAUGCUGCAGGGCCUGAAGGGCCGUCGGCAGCCAUCACACGCACACAGACACACACAGACACACAACCUCCUCCAAUCAUUUGUAAAAUGUCAGAACCUUCUGCAUCAGCUGGUUUUCAAUGAGGAGAACAUCAGCAACAUCUGGAUUGUAGACGACUCAACGCUUGGUGGAAUUAGUUGAAAGACAGAAACCAUCAGUGGAUAUAAAGACGUGGAAGCUCUGACAUGGUGUCACUGACUUGGAGAAAGCUCAUAGCCCCAGACUCAGGGGCCUCCUC